CCCCCUCGAUCUCUCACACCCGCAGGGAAACAAACCCUCUCCUCUCUCUCUCUCUCUGUUUCCGUCAGAACUGACGGAGAAUUAGGAAACGCCGUGAUAUAUUCCGUCAUCAUCUUCUUCUGAGGGAUGGGUGAGAGCUGCCCCUUUAGUCAGACCUCUCACAUAUCCGUUAUCUUCAUCACCAGCUUCUUCCGCCAUAAGCCGUAAAUUAUCCCCAUUCAUAACCAAUCAUGACCGUUGGAUCUUCUUCGCAGGAAGAUAUGACCGUUUGAGGCGUCUUUUCUUUUUCUUUUUUAUUUUCAAAAAGAGGAAAAAUGGCGGGUGGGAGGGUCUAUGGCUGUUCGAAUAUGACCGUUAUACUCCAAAACGAAAGGAUUCCUUGUUCUGCUGAUGGCCUUGAAGCUUUCCUCAUUUCCUCCUCUUCUCCUGCUUUCCGUGGCUCAAGAUCCAUGGUUAAUUUUGAAGACGUUCAUCGAAACACACCAGAGAGGUCGUUUUUCCGGCCCCUGGAUCAGGAAGAAACUGGUGACGACGACUUGGACGAGUGCUUUCAUCAACCCGAGAAGAAGAGGCGGCUUACAGUGGAUCAGGUUCAGUUCCUUGAGAAGAAUUUCGAGGUUGAGAAUAAGCUCGAACCAGAGAGGAAAAUCCAACUUGCUAGGGAUCUAGGCCUGCAGCCUCGGCAGGUCGCAAUAUGGUUCCAGAAUCGGCGGGCUCGGUGGAAGACAAAGCAGUUGGAGAAGGAUUACGAGGCCCUGAAAACUAGCUUCAACAGUCUUAAGGCAGACUAUGAGAGCCUGCUGAAGGAGAAGGAGAAACUGAAGACACAGGUUCUUUUCCUCACAGAUAAGCUCCAUCUCAAAGAGAAAGAUGGAGAAGAUUCAGAAACAUCUGAACUAAAUGAACACAAAUCCACAUCUGAACUAAAUGAACACAAAUCCAACCCACAAACGCAAAAACCUGCAGCCAUUUCUCUUUCAAAUGUGAAAGAAGCAGCUGUGCCAAUGGUGGUCCCCAAACAAGAAGAUCUCAGUUCGGCCAACAGUGCCGUCUUCGAUGCUGAGAGUCCACAUUACAUAGACGGAGGACACUCACCUCUAUUGGAGCCCACCGAUUCUUCCAACAUCUUCGAACCAGAUCAGUCGGAUCUCUCACAUGCCGAGGAGGAUGAAGAAGACAACUUGAGCAAGACACUGAUGCCGCACACCAACCACUUUCCGAAGCUUGAAGAUGCUAUCAACCCAGACCCACCUGCCAAUUCAUGUAACUAUGGAUUCUCAGUCGAAGAUCAUCCCUGUUGGUUCUGGUCUUACUGAGUGUUUUUCGUUUCUUUUUUGUAUCUUAUGUUUUUUCUUCCAUUUGCCCUUCUGUUAUUAGUGUGAUGAUAAGAAAA